UGCAUUUGUGGUAUCGUUGAAAACUUGAAACCAACUAUAGCCUAGCUUAAAAGAAGAUGACAUCCUCAACGGCGGAGAAACUCUGCCGUCGAUUCUCACUUGCCGAAAUCAACUUAGCAACCAAAGAUUUUAGUCGUGAGCAUUUGAUCGGAAAGGGUGGUUUUGGCGAUGUUUUCAGCGGCUUCAUUGAUAAUGGGUCAUCUGCUGUGGCCAUAAAGCGGCGUGUAGGAUCAAAUUCGAGUCAAGGGCAGACAGAGUUUGCGGCGGAGAUUGAAACACUAAGUAAAUUCCGACACCAUAAUCUAGUAUCUCUUAUUGGGUACUGCGAUGAGGAUGGAGAGAUGAUUCUUGUUUAUGACUACAUGUUUAAUGGAACGCUGGCAGAUCGCCUCCACAAGAAUAGCGAGGGCGGCUCAACUCUCUCAUGGAAUGAACGACUUAAGAUAUGUAUUGGAGUUGGGCGAGGUUUGGACUAUCUUCACUCUGGUUGCUCCAUCAUACACCGUGAUGUCAAGCCUACUAACAUCCUCUUAGAUAAAAAUUUCAUUGCUAAGGUUUCGGAUUUUGGGUUGUCCAAACAUUUAGGGAAUGAUAUCUCACAGAGCCAUGUCUUCACAAAUGUUAAGGGUUCAUUUGGGUAUUUUGAUCCAAGUUAUUUUAUCUCCGGCAAGCUUACAAGGGCAAGUGACACAUAUUCUUUCGGAGUAGUGUUAUUGGAGGUGUUGACUGGGAGACCAGCAGUUGACAACAGGCUUGAGGAAAAUGAGCUCUGUAUGAGCAUGUGGGCUCAAGAAAAGAUUCGGAAUGGGAAAGCUGACCAGAUUGUAGCUUCAAAUUUGAAGGGAGAUAUCACACAAGAUUGCCUCAAGACAUAUGUUGAGGUUGUGAAAAAAUGUUUGCAUCCUGAACCUAAGAAACGACUCACAAUGACUCGAGUUGUGGCACAGCUUGAGCUAGCCCUUGAGCAACAGGAGAUGAUAGGGACGACGACACAAAAAUUACAAUUCUGGCCUAAUUGGAACAGAGGUCCAAAAAUUACAACUUUGGCAUCCGACAAAGGAUCAACAGUUGACGUUGAUAAGCAGUCAAAGGCUGUCCCUGGCUUAACAGUGCAUCAUACUAUCAAUAUGCUGCCAAUUUAUGUCCCUUCCAUUCCACUAGCUCUAAUAAUGCACAUGACCGAUGAUGUUAUUCCCGGGAGUUCGAGUGCCGGUGCAGACAGAGGAGUAAAUGUAGUCCAUAGAGUACUCAAAAGUGGAAACGAAGAAAAAUUUCAAAGGCUCGAGUACAUGGAAGAGCGUCCAUUUUUCAUGCAGGUUCGGCACAUGCCCGAUGAUUUUAUUCCCAGGAGUAUGAGUUCUACUUCAGAUAGAGAAGUAAAUGUAUUCCGUAGAGUACUCAAAAGUGGACAAGAAGCAUCAAUAAAAUGUCUCGACGACAUGCCAGAGCAUGACUUUAUUGCACAGGUCUCAACAGUAUCUAGUCUGCAACAUAAAAAUGUGGUUAACCCAAUUGGUUAUUGUUUGAAUGGUGGCCGGCAGUUGUUGGUGUAUGGGUUUUCCGCACGAAGGUCCCUACAUGAUAUUCUUCGCGGAGAAGGAGAAAUGGAUGGCUUAUCUUGGCCCCAAAGAAUCAAGAUUGCUGCUGGGAUUGCAAGGGGAUUAUGCUACAUUCAUGAAAAUGAUUUGAUUCAUCAUGACUUAAGAUCCAGAAAUGUGUUUCUUUUUGAUGAUGAAACUGCAAAGAUAACUUGGGCUGAGUAUGAACCUAAUGUCAAGAGUUGUUAUGGUGCUCCAGAAUGGCCUCAGUGCACUGAAAAAAGUAAUGUUUUUAGCUUUGGUGUGAUUCUCCUUGAGCUCUUGACAUUUGAUCCCAAAUGGCAUCCGAUGAACCACCUUCGGACAUACCUUCUGACAUGGCUCAGUUCAGGCAAGGCACGCGAGAUUGUGGGUGCUAGAGUAAAAGGAGACUGCCCUCCAAAGGAAGCUGAAAGGAUGGUUCGCCUAGCUCAAUCGUGCCUUCAAUUUAAACAAGAUUUUCGUCCGGACAUGACCAUGGUUGUCCGAGCGAUCUCAAGCGUUGAAUGCAUGAAAGCAAGGGAGAUGGAAGCCAAAAUGAAAGAGAUAGCUUCAUACAUGCCUGUGUAAAUUUACAUAUAUAUUUCAUUUCAUUGGAUUUUAUUUGAAAUCUUUUCAAAUUUGCAUAUUUGUUGUUUGUGUGUGCCCAAUUUUAUGUAUGAUGAAAUAUUCUAAUCUAUACUAUCCAAG